GCGGAAAGGUGAAACCUGCAGGACAACCUCGUGACUUGCGCAGCGCGGAGUUUAAUACCCGCGCAGCGACCGUCCUCCUCUACAAAACCCUCAGCCCCCUGCUUGGAGUAACCAGAAUGCGCUCCAACUUCCCCAGCAAACUUCGGCGCUCAUCGUGUUCUGUGCAGUAACGGGCUUUAGUUUAGCCUAAAACAGAACAAACACCUGUACCGUGACUUUUAAUUCAUAUUUAAAUUAUAGAGCUGCAUAUCCUUACUAACAUGCGGACGUAUGACAGGGAGGCGCAGUUUUAAGUUGCCACGGUUUUGCAAGCUGAACGCCUCGGUCUCUGUGGGGGGAAAAAGCGCACGCGGGCUGGAGCCGGGACACGAGCAUAGAAGUGGAGUAGGUGAGGAUGUUGCAAUAGUCGGAUUGCACAUUUGACUCCUCAGAUUCACUCCCAGCUCCAACCCUAAUCCCCGUAGCGUUGAUUCCUGAACUGGACGGAAGUGAAACGGGUAACGAAUUUGAUGGUGAGAAACCAUGGAAACACGUACGCCCUUGGACAUAUCGCGGAGUACCACAGACAGCGUUUGAGAGGAAAAAGGUUUGUCUCAGCCUGCUGUCAGGCAACCGUCCCCCCGUCCCCCCCAUCUGCCGCCCUCCUCCUCCUCCCCCUUCUUCCCCUUUUCAACCCCGCCACCACGCCCACUCAGCUCCUGUGAGAGUAUGGAUGCCCUGGACUUUGUCUCUCUUCCCGGUGAACUGAACUAUACCACCUCCCCCUUAGUCAGGGGCUCCAUGGCCAACAACUCCAUGAACAGUUCUGACGGGAAUAUGCACUUCCAAGGUAGCAGCACCAUGGUAACGGCGGUCAUCUCCUUCACCGUCUUCAUCUUGGGGCUGACGGGCAACACGCUGGUCAUCUACGUGGUCCUGCGCUACGCCAAGAUGAAAACCGUCACCAACAUGUACAUCCUCAACCUGGCGGUGGCUGAUGAGCUGUACAUCCUGGGCCUGCCCUUCCUCACCACGCAGAACGUGCUCUCCUAUUGGCCCUUCGGCUCCUUCCUGUGCCGGGUGGUCAUGACGGCGGACUCCAUUAACCAGUUCACCAGCACGUUCUGCCUGACGGUCAUGAGCAUCGACCGCUACCUGGCCGUGGUCCACCCAAUCCGGAGCGCCAGGUGGCGGCGGCCCCGGGUGGCCAAGAUCAUCAACGCCCUGGUGUGGUCGCUGUCCUUCGUGGUGGUGCUUCCCGUCGUCAUCUUCUCCAACGUGCAGGAGCAGCUCAACACCUGCAACAUGAGCUGGCCUGAGCCGCAGGAGGUGUGGUCCACCGUCUUCAUCCUCUACACCGCCAUCCUGGGCUUCUUCUGCCCCCUGCUGGUCAUCUGCCUGUGUUACCUGCUCAUCGUGAUUAAGGUGAAGUCGGCGGGCGUGCGGGCGGGGCUGACCAGGCGGCGCCGGUCGGAGCGCAAAGUGACCCGCAUGGUGGUCAUCAUCGUGGUGGUCUUUGUCUUCUGCUGGCUACCCUUCUUCAUCAUCAACAUGGUCAACCUGGUCUGCAUCCUGCCGGAGAACAGCAUCAUGGCCGGCUUCUACUUCUUCGUCGUCAUCCUGACCUACGCCAACAGCUGUGCCAACCCGCUGCUCUACGGCUUCCUGUCUGACAACUUCAAGCAGAGCUUCCGGAAGGUGCUCUGCAUCUACAGGGCCAACGGUGUGGAGGACGGAGAACCCAACCAUCCCCACACCGAAAAGCUGACCAUGCAGGAUACCAUCCUCCCCCCAACGAACAGCGACUUCAACGGGCACGUGCAGAACAGCCAGGUGGAGUGUCUGCCUGCAGACACCCAGGGGAUUGGCCAGUCAACAGUGUGAACCCCAACACUGUGUGCACCCAGAGCAAAACCAAGCAGGCACCCUUCUUCUCUCUCCACACCGACCUUUAACCUGCUGGGGACGCCGGUAGAUAGGAAGUUAAAACACUACAGCCACCCUGUCCCCUUCCUGCCAACCUGUGCGGUCUGCAGGAAUUCCUCAUUGAUUCUGUUCAAGUCACGAUUUUUCUGAGAUGCCCUCAGGCAGUCUUGUUUCUAAGGAUGUGACGCCAGUUGAAAUAUUAAUUGGCUGUGGGAGGCAAAAACUGAGCGUCCAUUUAGGAAUCAUAUCCACAUAGGAGCCCACCAUCAAGACCAUUCUGAAAAGUGCCUUUUUUAUUUUUGCUGGGUGAAGUUGCUUGGCUCUUUGCCAUCUUUUUUUUUUCUUGUCAUCUUUUUUUAUCCAUAACACUUGUUGCAUGAGUGACAAGCCCAUUGCACGUCUCAUGGAGUUUUUUCGAGUCCCUGAGGUCAAAGCCAUGUUUGACACGUCUCAUACCUCAGCAAUAAGCAACAUUACUUUUGAACCUCCGUUCAAAGAGAGAUAAGCUGUUGUACCAUAAAGAUGUACCCUCUCCAGCUACACACAGACAUCUGGAGAGAUCUCUCUGUUUCUGCUCUGACCAUUGGAGAGAUCUCUCUCUCUAGCUCUGCUCAGACUGGUGGAGAGACCUCUCUCUGUAACUCUUUGCAGACAACAGGAGAGAUCUCUCUCUAACUCUGCACAGACCUCUGGAGAGAUUUCUCUAAUUCUGCUCAGAUUGCCUGACAGAUCUGCCUCGCUCUAGCUCUGCUCAGACCACUGGGGAGACCUCUCUCUCCUCAGCCCAUGAGCUGCUGGAGACACAGAGACACAUGCUGAUCGAGAAGAACAAGCCGCGAUCUCACGCUGACUGACUCACUGCUGCUCUGAUUCCAUCUCUGUUCUGACUUGCUCUUCCGGUGCCUGGCUGGCGAGACUGGUCACAGACAGCUUGUAGGUAGAGGGCAGGUUCCGACCCUACUCCGCACCAACGUUCUAACCUAUCCUUUCCAUCACUGCGCCAUCCUUCCUGGAGCUAACUUCAGCAUACAGGCCCCCCGCAAGGAGUGGAGACCCUGAAACUUUGGCUUUUUCUGACGAAUGUACUGAUAUUAUCAUGUAUUCUCUUUGCUUUGAAUGUAUUGUGAAUUACAGUUACGUGAAUGUAAUUGGGCAUUUCACCUCAGAGUUCUUUCUGUACUGUCAAAUGUGUACCAAGUAGGGAGACAGAGGGGGAGCAGAUAUGUGAAGGACAAUGUCCCUUUCUUCUGCUGAAGAUGUAUGGAAUGCACUCCACGUACUGGAGUAUUUGGAGGCUUCAUAAAUAUGCUGCGGCAAACACUCUCAUGUUUCUUUUGCUAUGUGACGGCUGCUGUUUUGUGUUUGUGGUUUUUGUGUGAAAAUGCAAUAAAAGAGCCCGCUAUAAUUCAGCCUGUCCUGUAUCCGGAUAAAUGUACAUCCCACUUGUGUGCAAAUGCCUGAAUGGUAAUGUCUGUGGGGACUUACAGCUGCCCAAUGGUCAGUGUUGGUAUUCAGCGGAGUAAAUACUGUGGACUGGAG